AUGGCUCCACCCUCCGACCUUCCUAGAAUUCUACGUCCUAAACGAAAAACUCGUGCAUUACAAUUGAAUUUAACUCAAUCACAACAACAACAGCAACAAGAAGAAAAGAAAUCACAACCAUCGUGUGCUCUGAAUGAAACUUAUGAUUUAGAUACAAAAAAAUCCUCAGAUACAGAAAAUGAAAACGGCCAGUUACCAACAUCACCAUCUACUCCAGAUGAGAUAACUGAUACCAGUGUUGUACGUCACUUAUGGCCAAAAUAUCGUGUAUCGUUCUUCCCGAGUCCAUCAUUAACUCCGGAUUUGUAGAAUGCCUUUUUAUUCAUUAUUACUAUUGUAGUUCAUUAUGUUGCUAGUCUAUUAUAGUGUUUUUAUGUCUUAUUACUGCUACCACACUACUGAUCCCUGUAUA